AUGAUUUCUUUACAAGGAAUGAAAAAUAUGAAUCAAUAUUUAAUUAUGAUAAAACAAAAUUUCAUGUAUAAUACCAUAAACAUUUUAAACCUAUCAUUAAUUAAAAAUGAUUCACAGAUAUAUAAUCAACCAAAAUCACGAAAUGACGUUGGUCAUUUGAUAGCUGAUCAUCAUCAUCAACAACAACAACAACAAUCAACAGAACUACUUCAAGAAUCUCAGGAUAGUGAAAUACAACGAACACAAGAAAUUCAGAAUGAAGUCAAUUCUCAACAACUCGAUUCAUCAUCACAGUCGGAUCAUUCACAAUCCGAUGUUGAUGAUUUCAUAUUGGUACAACCACCAUUAUCUGAACAGUUUCGAUCAUUACAAAAUGGUCAAAAUCAAUCAUCACAACAGACACAGCCUGGAAUUUACUUUGUGGUAGCUUCGGUUUCUUAA